AAUAUUGGGCCCUCCAUGGCAAAAAGAUUUCUGUCACCGCCUAAAUUAGAGCUCCGCUAGGGUUUUAUAGUGUUGGUCGCGUUUCAGGCAUCAAUUGAGCAAGAAAAACCUAGACAUGUCGAAGAAGAACGAUUUAGGUCGCCGGAAAAGGCUACACGAUUAUGAUUUAAGAAGAGAAAAGGAAGCAAAUGAAAAGAAGGAAAAGAAGCUCCAGGCGAAGAAGAACAAGAUGAAAGUUGAUGGAAGCAGCAGUAAGAAGAAGAAGGGUGGUAGUGGAUUUCAAGUAGGAAAAAAGAAGUUGAAAACGAAGAUGACGGCGCUAGCAAAAGCUAAAGCUGCCCAGGCAAUGGAGCUCGACAAAUGAGGUUACUUUUUGACAAAAACGUAACCGAGAAUCGAAAAUAUGUUCAUUGUCACUUUUUUGUUGUCAGUGUAGCUUAUUCGCCCCCGACAUUGACAUUUAUGAUUUACCGUUUUUAAAUCUGCUUAAACAUAUGUACUUGUCGUUGAUUUUUAACUCAAUUAAAGUUCAGUUUUGGCCGUGUUGGGCAAAAUUUGAAGCGGUGAUCGUUGGUUUCCGUAAAGUAGAGCCUGAAUAUGAUUAAAUUUGUAUAUACAGGCACAAGGGUAUAGCGGUUAUUUCAUCAAGGUCGAGAUAUCUCCCAAGCUUGAGUUUGUUCUUUCUUUUAGUGUUGCCUGUAUUUGUCGUGUUGCCAUCUUCUUGUAAGCAAAAUAUAAGUUCAUCACCUAAAUUCGAGACCUCAAAAACCAAAUGGUGUAAGGUCUACAUUAGUUAUUAGGUAAUGUUGUUCUGUCUUAACCAUAACGUGUGCAAAGCAGAAUUUGUUCCGUUAUCUUUCUCCCAGAUAAACAAUUUCGUAAUUCUUGUUCAUAUCCCGUG